UUUCCCACAGACUAGAAGGGCCGAAAGGGCACUUCCGGGAAGAUGGCGGCAUAGCAGUGUGUCGUGGCGCGUGUGUCGUGGAGAGGGCCUUAUAGUGACUGAAGGGAUAAGUGACCUCUUCUUUGAUGAGGACCUGAAGACAAUUACUCUUUUUUCACCAUGAGUAUCAUCAACCCAGAGGUCAAGAGUCAUGGGAUGAAGUUUGCUGAGGAGCAGCUGCUAAAGCAUGGAUGGACUCAAGGGAAAGGCCUGGGCCGAAAGGAGAAUGGCAUCACCCAGGCCCUCAGGAUAAGGCUAAAGCAGGACACUCAUGGGGUGGGACACGAUCCCUCCAAGGAGUUCACAAACCACUGGUGGAAUGAGCUCUUCAAUAAAACUGCAGCCAACUUGGUAGUCGAAACUAGACAGGAUGGAGUACAGAUAAAGCACCUUUCUAAGGAGACCACCCGUCAUAAUCAUCCCAAGCCCAACUUGCUGUAUCAAAAGUUUGUGAAGAUGGCCACACUGACUUCAGGUGGGGAGAAGCCAGACAAGGACUCGGAAAGCUGCAGUGAUGACAACCACCAGGGGCCUCAGCCUCCAAAAAUUCUGACUGAUGAGAUGUUGCUCCAAGCCUGUGAGGGGCGAACAGCACACAAAGCUGCCCGUCUUGGGAUUACGAUGAAGGCUAAGCUUGCUCGGUUAGAGGCCCAGGAGCAGGCCUUCCUGGAUCGGCUUAAAGGCCAGGACCCUGGGAUCCCUCAACCGCCGUGUGAGUGCAAGCCCCUCAAAAAAAAGAAAAAGAAAAGGAAGCAGAAAAAAGAGGAAGAGGCUAUAGCAACUGAAAGGAAUGCAGAAAAGGAAUACCCAGAUCACACUGACCAGAGCAUCAGGAAAAGCAAGAAGAAAAGACAACAUCAAGAAGAAAAGGUCACGGAUGACAGAGAGGGAAUAACCAUAGAUGAGAAAGAUGCUACAGGAACAAGAGAGCUUGGGGAACUAAAGGGUGGAGAACAAACUGAUGAGUGCUCCAGGAAAAGGAAGAAAAAGAGGCAGCACCAUGAGGAGAAGCUGGGGGUCUCAGGUAAAGAAUGCAGAACAGAGGUAGAGAGCCGAGCACACACUGAUCCAUGCAGCAGAAGCAAGAGGCAGCAGAAUGAGGAAGAAGACAUGGACACAGAGGAUAAAGAAGUUGUGGAGGCUGUUGUAGAUAGUGGGACCAGGGAAGCAGAAAGCAGAGCAUGCAGUGAUAGGAAAAGCAAGAAUAAGAAAAAAAAAAGCAGCAAUAAGAAAAGACAGCAGCAUCAAGAGGAUGUCUUGGCUGUAAGGAAUGGACAUGACAGUGGUAGCACUAGGGAGAGCUCAAGCCACGGAGGAAAGAGGAGGAGGCAGAAGCAAGCAGAGGAGGAAAGAACCAGAGUCAGCACUGACCAGAGAGCAAAAAAAAGAAAGAGAGACUGAAGGUCAGGUGAGGGUAGGGGCCACAGAGACCUGGGCUGAUAGGUUCUCCUGAACCCUCCCAGUGAGGGGUCCUUCUCAAGGAGAAAACUGAGCUCUGGAAUACCAGCCUGCUGGAGAGGACAGAGGUAUCACUAUACCUUAGUUGGGGGAGUGGGCAUCUUCUCUUGUGCAGCUUCUGACAAAUGCCGGUAGGAGCCAAGCAGCCAAGGGACAGGGAGUGCUGAGGUGAGGGUUGUGGGGACAGGAAUGCAGAUACUCUCUGAAUGGGUAUCCUCACUAAAAGAAGCUGGAAAUGUGGACUUCUGUGGCAUGUCCUGGGUUUUGUUUGUUUUUAUAUGAAGCCAAGUAGGUCUGUGCGCUAGUUUCUAACACUGGCAAAUGAUUUGAUAAACGUCCGUUUAGGCUCCUACCCUAUAUAUGUCUGGAUUGGCAUCUCCAUUCCCAGCUUGGGAAGGUCCUGAAUACAAGAGUCUCCUUGGAGGCCCCUGAAGAAA